AAAACCGAUUCCGCGAAUGUCAUCGCGUAGCAGCUUGUUCUGGUUUGCCGCGCUUGAUCCUUUUUCGAUUUUUAUCGGGAUUUAACAGGAUUUUUAGUGAUUUAUCGCAAGUACAAUGUCUGAUGAGGAAGUAAUCAAACGGCGCCUGCAAAUCGACGGAGAUGGAACCGGCGACGAUAGGCGGUUAAACGAUUUACUGAAAACGUUCAUCAAGUGGUGCAACUCAAAUGAUGGACCCGAAACCAGCCAAGCGAUGCACGAUCGGUUGCUCGCACAGCUGGCACAGUGUGAGUUCGACAGGAAAAAGUCCGAUUUCUACGCAAAGGUCAUGGAGCAGGAGCUGAAGAAUUAUGCGGCCAUCUCCGAUGCUAUCGAGGCGGGUAUAGAAAUGGCCAAAACGCAGAUCGACCAGAGCAAACACAAUCUCGUGCUGGCCAAGAAGAUACGCAAAAACCGCAUGCAGUACGAUGUGCUGGCCAAGAUCAUUAACCAGCAGCCGGAUCGCAAACAAACCGUCCAGCAGUUGGAAUUGUUGAAGGAGGAAUUGGAUAUGCUAAAAGAGAACAAGGCCGAUCUGGAGAGACAGCUGGAACAGAAAAAGAAGGACUUUUCCGUGCUGAUGCACUCGAUAGUGGAGCUGCAGAACAAGCUGGAUCCGACGGAUUCGGCGAUGGCACCGGGAACUUCCAGCAGUGCCACCCAGGAGGAGGCAACGGAAGCGGCCGAGGUUCCAGCAAAUGUAGACGAAAAGAUGGCAUGCGAUGAGCCCGUCGUGAUCGAGGAGGAAGACGAUGCGCCAAGCUCCGACAAUGAUGAGGUGAUACUGUCCUCACCUGAGAAGCUUAAUUAGGGGAUUGGUGGGAGGUUCGCUGUAAGAGGUUCGCGCAGAAAAUAUAUAAAAGAAAUGAUUGAUUAUUUAA